UGACAAUGUCUUUGUGGCCGUGGACGUGAAGCAGUGGCUCCUUCGUGCUGCUCUAGGGACCGAUGUCGGAAGCAUGGACCUGAUGAACGGGCAGGCUGGCAACCCCGGCGUUGCUGCCCCCGCUUCAGAGAAAAGCAGCAGUUCUGAGUCCUUAAGUGACAGAGGUUCUGAGUUGAAGAAAAGCUUUGAUGCGGUGGUGUUUGAUGUCCUGAAGGUGACGCCGGAAGAGUAUGCGGGUCAGAUAACGCUAAUGGAUGUUCCAGUAUUUAAAGCCAUUCAGCCAGAUGAACUUUCAAGUUGUGGAUGGAAUAAAAAAGAAAAAUACAGUUCUGCCCCAAACGCAGUUGCCUUCACCAGAAGAUUUAAUCAUGUAAGCUUUUGGGUUGUUAGAGAGAUUCUUCAUGCCCAAACAUUAAAAAUUAGAGCGGAAGUUCUGAGCCACUAUAUUAAAACAGCUAAGAAACUCUACGAGCUGAACAACCUGCAUGCACUUAUGGCAGUGGUUUCUGGCUUGCAGAGCGCCCCAAUUUUCAGGUUGACUAAAACAUGGGCGUUAUUAAGUCGAAAAGACAAAACUACCUUUGAAAAAUUAGAAUAUGUAAUGAGUAAAGAAGAUAACUACAAAAGACUCAGAGACUAUAUAAGUAGCUUAAAGAUGACUCCUUGCAUUCCCUAUUUAGGUAUCUAUUUGUCAGAUUUAACGUACAUCGACUCAGCAUACCCGUCAACUGGCAGCAUUCUAGAAAAUGAGCAGCGAUCCAAUUUAAUGAAUAACAUCCUCCGGAUCAUUUCCGAUCUACAGCAGUCCUGUGACUACGACAUCCCCAUGUUGCCUCAUGUCCAGAAGUACCUGAAUUCUGUGCAGUAUAUAGAGGAGCUGCAGAAGUUUGUGGAAGAUGAUAAUUACAAACUGUCACUAAAGAUAGAACCAGGAACCAGUACCCCUCGUUCUGCUGCUUCCAGGGAAGACUUAGUUGGUCCCGACGUCGGCGCGUCCCCGCAGAGCGGACGCAAGAGUGCCACCGCCGAAGCAGCCUUGCUCCCCGCCACGCCACCCUCCCCACGGAACCUCAUCCCCCACGGACACAGGAAGUGCCACAGCUUGGGCUACAAUUUCAUUCAUAAAAUGAACACGGCCGAGUUUAAGAGUGCGACGUUCCCCAAUGCAGGACCCAGACACCUGUUGGACGACAGCGUCAUGGAGCCCCACGCCCCAUCCAGGGGCCACGCGGAGAGCUCUACACUGUCCAGCGGCAUCUCCAUCGGAAGCAGUGAUGGCUCUGAGCUAAGUGAAGAGACCUCCUGGCCUGCCUUUGAGAGGAGCAGAUUAUACCAUUCUCUGGGCCCGGUGACAAGAGUGGCACGAAAUGGCUAUCGGAGCCACCUGAAGGCCAGCAGUUCUGCCGAAUCCGAAGAUCUGGCCGUACACUUAUAUCCGGGAGCCGUCACUAUUCAAGGUGUCCUCAGGAGGAAAACGCUGCUAAAAGAAGGCAAAAAGCCUACGGUAGCGUCGUGGACAAAAUACUGGGCAGCUUUAUGCGGGACACAACUUUUUUACUAUGCUGCCAAGUCUCUCAAGGCCACCGAAAGGAAACACUUCAAGUCCACCUCCAGCAAGAACGUGUCCGUGGUGGGCUGGAUGGUGAUGAUGGCUGACGACCCAGAGCACCCGGAUCUCUUCUUGCUGACCGACUCUGAGAGGGGAAACUCAUACAAGUUCCAAGCUGGCAACAGGAUGAACGCGAUGCUGUGGUUCAAGCAUCUGAGUGCGGCUUGCCACAGCAACCAGCAGCAGGCUCCCACAAACUUGAUGACUUUUGAGUAAGAACCUCAGAAGGAAGGAGGUGGCCAACUGCCCCCCCAAGGAGGGCGGGUGGGUGCCGGCCGGAAGAGCGCCAGCUACGAAGCAAAGCAGCCGUGUGCCAGGGAGAGCCCAAGGUGCCCGCUCCGCCUUCGAGUUGGGAUCCAGAAACAGCGCUCAUUUCCGGGAACGACGCGUGCUCUUUCCGGAGAACACAUUGGAGUCUGCAGAACAAACUGCCGUGGCCCGUGCUUCUUAUCUCUGAACUGACCUGUGGAAACCACUGCCUUAAAGAAUGAAAGGAAACCCACCUAAACACCAAAUAGUGUGCGUGCGUCUCUGGCGGUGCUCUGCGUGCACUCGAGCGCGGCCAAGCCGCGUUCCCUUUAACUUGGUACUCGUUG